AACAAGUUCUCCGAUAGCAUGCCCGGAGGUAGUUUCUGAAAAACCAGUUUCGCGUAAAACAUCGUAAAAACCCAUCGCUUACUGACGGACACUCUUCGAAUGUAUUGAAAGUCACGAGUGGCCACUGUCCGUAAAUCGUCAGCGAAGACAAGUUCACCAGUAGUUAACCACCAACUGAUUGGACAACAACAAAACAAAAAAACUUUAAUUACAUUAAUUAGUGCGCGAUGUAUGAUUAACAAGUGUCUCUUUGUGUUUUAUAUUUAAUUCCGUGUUUUGAUUCGUUUUUAACAUGUGCAAAACUGCAUGGAUUUUAUUUUUAUACCUAACAACAAGUUGUUUUGUGGUAUCCGAUGGAUAUUUUUUAAGUCUAAACAAUGGAAAUCACACUUUAACAAGGUUUAAACGUCAAAGUUCUCAAUGCAGAACGGACGAGUAUCAAUGCGGGAGCGGGGAAUGCGUAAGCGAAGACGUGAUUUGUGAUGGUGCAGAAGACUGUAAAGACGGUACAGAUGAAAGUAGUUGCUCAAAGUUUCCGUGCCAUUCUUAUUUAUUUAAAUGUGCGUAUGGUGCUUGCAUCAGUGCUGAUCUUGUCUGUGAUGGGACGAAACACUGUAAAGAUAAUUCCGAUGAAACGAAUGCAAAAUGUGUUGGAAAUACUAACAAACCAUCAAAAUGCGGCGUUAAUAAAUUUUCUUGUGAUGAUGGUCAAUGCAUCGACGAUUUUGAUCUCUGCGAUGGCAAAGCAAACUGUAAGGAUGCCUCAGACGAAUCAGUUAAAGCUUGUGCUUCAUUAAAAUGUCCAAGAUUUACUUUCAAAUGCAAUUAUGGCGCUUGUGUCAAUUCGGAUUUACGGUGCAAUGGCGAAAACGAUUGUCAUGAUGCAUCUGAUGAAAUAAAUUGCCCUGGAAGGCCUAAUCCUGUCACUUCUAAACCAAGCACUGUUUCGCCAGUAACAGAUACAAUAUGGACAAGGAAUCCGGAUGUUGUGACACCACGACCUGGACCCAGCCCAGACAGUUGUCAAUUACCACCACAUCCUCGAAACGGCAAAUGGACUGUUUUUGGUGUACCGGGAUCAUAUUCACCUGGAGAUACUGUUGAUAAGAACACUGUCUUGAAUUUCCAAUGUAAUACACAAUAUGCUUUGUAUCCCAACAAUCAACUUAUUCUGUGUGGUAGCACAACGACUUAUCCAGAAUGUCUCAAAACUUGCGCUCCAAUUAUAAGCAGUGAUAGAAUGGAAGCAGUCUGCACGUUGAACGGUAUUACUGUUGAUUGCAAAACGCCAUAUCAAGGAACACAAGCAUUUAUACAAUGUAAACCUUUGUACGAGAAUCCAUCUUUGGAGUCUAAGCCCAAUCGGUUCUGUGAUGAUGGAUCCUGGGAUUUUGCUUUGCCACAAUGUGAUCCAAUUUGUGGAUUGAAAAGCACCGAUGCAACACCAUUAAUCAUCAAUGGUAAAGCAACAAAGAAAGGCGAAUAUCCCUGGAUGAUUGGCUUGUACAACGAAGCCAAAAGUCAUAUUUGUGGAGGUUCAAUGAUUACUCCUGAGAUUACACUCACAGCAGCGCAUUGUAUCAACGAAGUCAACGAUCCAAGUAAAUAUUUCGUUGCUGCUGGAAAAUAUUAUCGAGCAUACAAUGAUACUCGUGAUAAAAUUGCACAAUAUUCCAAUGUGAAGGAGAUUAAGAUUCACAAGGACUACAGCAGCGAAUUCUAUUCAUUUGACAUUGCUAUUUUAUUACUGGAGACACCAUUUGUCAUUUCCAAGUAUGUAUUACCUGUGUGCAUGGAUUACAACGAAAGAUUUGAUGAUUCAAGCUUAAUUGAAACUCCUGGUGUUGUUGUUGGAUGGGGACAUACCACAAGCACUGAUAAUCCAUCUGAAGUACUCAAAGAGUUACAACUUACAUUCAGGACUCGAGAUACAUGUGUUUUGGAUGAUGAUUUUAAGAAAUAUUAUAUUUAUGCAAGGGAUAAAAUAUGUGCUGCGGCUAGAAUGGGUGAUAGUGCCUGUCAAGGUGACAGUGGUGGAGGAUUGUUCUUCAAGAAAGGAGGGCGUUAUUUUGUGAGGGGUAUUGUGAGUAUUGGAGCACUUAACAAACGUGAUAACGGAUGCGAUGCAAAUCAAUCUACACUCUUCACAGCAGUUCAUUAUCAUGCACCAUUUAUUCAGAAUUAUAUUAACGAAGCACGAGGUAAGAAUAAAAGGAGUUGAAUAAAGUGUGUAAGUUCAUGCCAAAAUAAGACAAA